CUCUGAAAUCGCUCAAAUUGAAAAUCAGACCAUUGUACUGCGGGUUGUCUGUGUGACCAACAGGUGGCGUCCAGCCCACCGCCACUGCGUUCAGGUGCCGUCCUACUUUACCUGAAGCCAAAACUUCCCCAGGUUCCGUGAAGGCAGCAGGAGGGCAGAGUUUGUGGAGUUUGACCGAGUCCUUUCAAAGCAACCAACACGACACACACGCAACACAAAGAGCAGCGAGAAGGGACCCAGCCCAGGGAGGAACCGUUGGAACCGAAAAUCCCCGAACAGGAACCGACAGCGGCUGUAACCGAACCACCCGAACCAUGCCCGCCACAGAGAAGGACCUGGCCGAGGACGCGCCGUGGAAGAAGAUCCAACAGAACACGUUCACGCGCUGGAUCAACGAGCACCUGAAAUGCGUGAACAAGCGCGUGGCCGACCUGCAGCUGGACCUCGGGGACGGACUGCGGCUCGUGGCUCUGCUCGAGGUCCUGAGCCAAAAGAAAAUGUACCGCAAAUACCACGCGCGCCCCACGUUCAGGCAGAUGAAGCUGGAGAACGUGUCCGUGGCGCUGGAGUUUCUGGAGCGAGAAAAUAUCAAGCUGGUGUCGAUAGACUCGAAGGCCAUCGUGGAUGGGAACCUGAAGCUGAUCCUGGGUCUGGUCUGGACCCUGAUCCUGCACUAUUCCAUCUCUAUGCCUGUGUGGGAGGGGGAGGAGGAGUCUGAGUCCAAGACCCCAAAGCAGCGUCUUUUGGGCUGGAUCCAGAACAAAGUGCCCGACCUCCCCAUCACCAACUUCAGUCAGGACUGGAGAGAUGGAAGGGCCCUGGGAGCUCUGGUGGACAGCUGUGCUCCAGGCCUGUGUCCGGACUGGGAGACCUGGGACUCAGUGAAACCAGUGCAGAACGCCACAGAGGCCAUGCAGCUGGCAGACGACUGGCUCGGCAUCCCCCAGGUGAUUGCUCCAGAGGAGAUCAUCGACCCCAGUGUAGACGAACAGUCUGUGAUGACCUACCUGUCCCAGUUUCCAAAAGCCAAACUCAAACCUGGAGCUCCUCUCAAACCCAAACUCAACCCCAAGAAGGCACGCGCUUACGGGCCAGGCAUCGAGCCGACUGGAAACAGAGUGCUGCGUCCUGCCGUCUUCACUGUGGACACGUUCAGCGCCGGGCAGGGUCAUGUGACUGUUUACCUCCACCACCCAGACGGCACCAGGGAGGAGCUGAAGCCAGAGCUGAACGAAGGGAAGAAAACCUACACUGUUACUUACAUCCCUCAGGUCAUGGGCACACACAAGGUGACGGUGCUCUUCGCUGGGCAGGAGAUCCCUAAGAGUCCCUUUGAGGUGAACGUGGACAAGGCUCUGGGCGACGCCUCCAAAGUGACAGUGAAGGGGCCGGGAAUCGAGCCUGUGGGAAACAUCGCCAACAGACCCACACACUUUGACAUCUAUACGGCAGGUGCAGGCACAGGAGAUGUGACUGUGAUGGUGCGUGAUCCUCAGGGCAGACAGAACAGUGUGGAGCUUAUGAUGGAGGACAGAGGAGACUGUGUGUAUCGCUGCACCUACAAACCCACCCAGUCCGGACCGCACGCCAUCACUGUGACCUUUGGGGGUACUGCUGUGCCCAAGAGCCCCUUCAACGUUGACAUCGCUCCAGCCUGUGUCCCUGGAGCGUGCAGAGCGAGCGGUCGGGGGCUGCAGCCUUCAGGACUCCGAGUGAAUCAAGUCGGAGACAUUAAAGUCGACACGAAGAACGCCGGCAGCGGAGAGCUCAAGAUCAUCAUCAAAGGACCAAAGGGUGUGGAGGAGCCGGUGAAGCUGGUCUCCUCUCAGGACGGAGUCUACUACUAUGAAUAUCACCCCAAAACUACAGGAAAAUACAGUAUCAGCAUCACAUGGGGAGGACAGCACAUCCCCAAGAGUCCAUUUGAGGUCUCGGUGGGGCCCCAGGCAGGUCCUCAGCAGAUCCGAGCCUAUGGUCCUGGUCUGGAGGGAGGGACUGUGGGAAAACCAGCUGCUUUCGUCGUGGAGUCCAUCGGCACCGACGUGGGAGUCCUGGGUUUUGCAAUCGAGGGCCCGUCCCAGGCUAAGAUCGAAUGUGAGGACCAGAACGAUGGGUCAUGUGACGUGAAGUACUGGCCCACGGAGCCCGGGGAGUACGCCGUCCAUGUGACCUGUGAUGAGGAGGACAUCGAGCUCAGUCCAUUCAUGGCCUACAUCACCCCAGAUAACCACAACAGCUUUGCAGAGAAGGUCCAGGCGUAUGGUCCUGGUUUGGAGAAGUCUGGGUGUGUCAUAAACAAACUGGCAGAGUUCACUGUAAACACUAAAGACGCUGGAAAUGGACCACUCAAAAUCACUGCUCAGGAUUCCGAGGGUAAGCCUGUGGACGUGAAGGUUGUAUCUAAAGGAGACGGCCUCUACUCCUGCUCCUACACUCCCUCUGCAGCUCUAAAACAUACAGUCUGUGUGUCCUGGGCGGGAGUGAGCGUCCCCAACAGCCCAUUCAGGGUGUCUGUGGGCAAAGGGAGCCAUCCGAACAACGUGCGCGUGUCUGGGCCUGGAGUGGAGCGCACCGGACUCAAGGCCAACGAGCCCACCCACUUCACUGUGGACUGCUCCGGUGCCGGGGACGGUGAUGUGAGUGUGGGGAUUAAAUGUGACGCCAACAUGGUGGGAGAUAAAGAAGCUGAUGUGGAUUUUGAUAUUAUCCCAAACGCAAAUGACACCUUCACAGUGAAAUAUGUCCCCCCUGCAGCCGGACGCCUCACUGUCAAAGUCCUGUUUACAGACAAGGAAGUGCCUCAGAGCCCGUUCAACGUCAAAGUGGAUCCUUCCCAUGAUGCAUCGAGGGUCAAAGCUGAAGGACCUGGAAUUUCUCGAACAGGAGUGGAGAGUGGGAAGCCGACUCACUUCACUGUUGUGACUAAAGGAGCGGGCAAAGCUCCUCUGGACGUGGCCUUCUCUGCUCCAGUCAAAGACUUUGAGAUCAUCGACAACUACGACUACUCCCAGACCGUCAAGUACACUCCAGUCAACCAGGGAGAGAUGUCAGUGGACGUGACGUUUGGAGGAGACCCCAUCUCCAGAAGCCCCUUCACUGUGGGCGUGGCUGCUCCUCUGGACCUGAGCAGAGUCACCGUGGACAACCUCAGCGGACGAGUGGAGGUGGGUGAGGAGCAGGAGUUCACCAUUGACACUAAAGGUGCAGGAGGACAAGGUCAGCUGGAGGUAGCGCUGAUGAGCCCGAGUCAGAAAACAAAGCCGUGCCGUUUGGAGCCAGUCUCUGCAGACCUCUACAAGGUCCGGGUCACUCCCAGAGAGGAGGGUCUCUACGCCGUGAACGUGACCUACGACGGACACCCCGUCCCAGGCAGCCCCUUCCCCAUGGAGGCCCAGCUGCCCCCAGACCCCAGCAAGGUGAAGGCGUCUGGUCCUGGCCUGAAGGGGGGGCUAGUGGGCUCUCCUGCUCAUUUCUCCAUCGACACAAACGCUGCUGGGACUGGAGCUCUGGGGCUGACGGUAGAGGGUCCAACCGAAGCCAACAUCGAGUGCUCAGACAACGGGGACGGCACCUGCUCUGUGUCCUACCUGCCCACAGAGCCUGGAGAGUACCUGGUCAACAUCCUGUUUGAGGGCGUGCACGUGCCCGGGUCGCCCUUCUCCGCGCAAGUGCAGAGACCCUUUGACCCGUCCAAAGUCGAGGCCUCAGGGACAGGGCUGAAGAGGGCCAAGGCGGGAGAGGUGAGCGUGGUGAACGUGGACUGCUCCAAAGCUGGACCGGGUCAGCUGAUUCUGGAGGUGGAACCAGAUCCUUCGUCUGCAGCAAAAGGAGCAGGUGGCAAAGUGAAGACCGAGGUGGUGGAUAAUCUGGAUGGGACAUACACCGUUACCUAUGUGCCUCUCACUGCUGGACUCUACACUCUGAAGCUCAAAUACGGGGGGCAGACGGUCCCUGGGUUUCCUGCCAAAGUCUCUGUUGAUCCUGCCGUGGAUACGUCUAAAAUCAAGACAUUUGGGCCCGGCGUCGAUGGAACAGCUGUGUACAGAGAGGCCACCACGUCCUUCACGGUGGAUGCGCGGCCCCUGAGUCGGCGAGGAGGAGAUCAUGUGACCGCUGAAGUCAGGAACCCGUCCGGCGCUCAGACAGAGACCGUGGUCACGGACAACAAGGACGGCACCUACAGCGUCGAGUACACGCCAUUCGAGAACGGCGUGCACAGUGUUGACGUGUUGUACGAUGACACGGCGGUCCCCAAUAGUCCGUUCAGGGUCUCUGUGUCCGAGGGCUGUGAUCCAACUCGAGUCCUGGCCUCUGGACCGGGUCUGGAGCAGGGUCUGACCGAUCAGACCAACCACUUUGAUAUCAUCACUAGGGGGGCAGGUAUCGGAGGCCUGGGCAUCACAGUGGAGGGUCCCUCUGAGUCUAAAAUGUCCUGUAAAGACAACAAAGAUGGCAGCUGCAGUGUGGAGUACACCCCCUUCAGUCCUGGAGUCUACGACGUCAACAUCACCUACGGAGGAGAGCACAUACCGGGAAGUCCGUUCAAAGUCCCUGUGAAAGAUGUGGUGGAUCCUAGUAAAGUGAAGAUAUCUGGGCCGGGUGUGGGUUCAGGUGUAAGGGCCUGUAUCCCACAGUCCUUCACUGUGGACUCCAGGAGGGCAGGGGAGGCGGAGCUAGCUGUGAGUGUGAAGGGGCCCAAAGGUGUGGCUGAGGAGGUGCAGGUGUCUGAGAAUCCGGACGGGACCCAGACUGUGAAGUACACGCCCUCCACUGAAGGACUCUACACUGUGGGAGUCAAGUUCAACCAGCAGGACGCCCCCCGCAGUCCAUUUAAGGUGCGCGUUUUGCCGACUCACGAUGCCAGUAAAGUCCGGGUGAGCGGUCCAGGUCUGACCAGCGGGAUCCCGGCCAGUUUCCCUGUGGAGUUCAACAUCGACGCCAGAGACGCAGGAGAGGGCCAGCUCAGUGUGCUCAUCACGGACCAGGAUGGGCGAUCAAAGCCGGCCAGUAUCCAUGACAACGGCGAUGGCACGUACACGGUUUCCUACACCCCCGAUCGCACGGGCCGUUACACCAUCUCUGUGACCUACGGAGGAGACGCCAUCCCUGGGUCCCCUCACCGCGUCAGGGCCACGGCCACCGGGGACGCCAGCCGCUGCACCGUCACAGGCUCAGGUGUGGGCCCCACAGUGGCCAUAGGGGAGGAGCUGGGUCUGUCCGUGAAUGCGUCUGGAGCGGGCAAAGGGAAGGUGAGCUGUGUGGUGGUGCAGCCCGAUGGCACGGAGGUAGAGGCAGAGGUCAUCGAGAACCAGGACGGCACCUUUGACAUCUUCUACACCGCCCCUGCACCCGGCAACUACGUCAUCUAUGUGCGCUUCGGAGGAGAGAACAUCCCCCACAGCCCCUUCAAAGUCAUGGCGACUGAGGAGGGUCCUGUGACGCAGCAGCAGCAGUCAUCUGCUAAGUCCGCUCCCCCUGGAGCCGGCUUUCAGCCCUGGGUGACGUCAGAAGGCUACGAUCCAAUGAGGAGCAGCAUGAACGGAAGUGGGUUCAGACCUUUCGAUAUGGUCAUUCCCUUCUCCUUCAGGAAGGGAGAGAUCACAGGAGAGGUUCUGAUGCCUUCCGGUAAAAGCGCUCAGCCCCUGAUCUCUGAUAAUCUGGACGGAACAGUCACAGUGCAGUACUCCCCCACUGAGGCCGGCCUCCACGAGAUGCACAUCAAGUACAACGGGACACAUAUACCAGAGUCUCCUCUUCAGUUCUACGUGAACCACAGCAGCUCUCCCUCAGUCACAGCCUACGGCCCCGGACUGAGCUACGGCGUCGCUAACAAACCCGCCAACUUCACCGUCUACACCGAGGACGCCUCCGAAGGAGGCCUGGACUUGGCGAUCGAGGGCCCGUCCAAAGCGGAGAUCAGCUGUGUGGAUAACAAAGACGGCACCUGCAGCGUGAGCUACCUGCCCACUCUGCCCGGAGACUACAACAUCCUGGUCAAGUACAACGAGCAGCACAUCGCGGGCAGCCCCUUCACCGCCAGGAUCAUAGAGGACAGCCAGCGCCGCUCUCAGGUGAAGCUGGGUUCUGCUGCGGAUUUCUCUUUGGACAUAAACGAGACAGACCUGAGUUUACUCACGGCCAGCAUCAAGUCUCCAUCAGGCCGAGAUGAGCCCUGCCUGCUCAAGAGGAUGCCCAACAACCACAUCGGCAUCUCGUUCAUCCCGAGGGAGGUGGGUGAGCACCUGGUGAGUAUUCUGAAGAACGGGGUGCACGUGGCCAACAGCCCCAUCAGCAUCAGGGUGGUCCAGUCUGAGAUUGGAGACGCCAGCCGAGUUGUCGUCCACGGAGACGGACUCAAACAGGGGACCACCUUCAACAACUGCAGCUUCAUCGUGGACACCAGGGAGGCAGGUUAUGGGGGUCUGGCUCUGUCUGUGGAGGGUCCCAGUAAAGUGGACAUUCAGACUGAGGACAUGGAGGACGGGACCUGUGAGGUGUCUUACUGUCCCACUGAACCUGGAAACUACAUCGUGUCCAUACGCUUCGCCGACCAGCACGUCCCAGGGAGCCCGUUCACAGUGCGAGUGGUCGGAGAGGGCCGUAUCAAAGAGAGCAUCAGCCGGAAACAAAGAGCCGCCUCUGUGGCAUCUGUGGGCUCUGUGUGCGACCUCAGCAUCAAGAUCCCAGCUCUGGACAUCCACGAAGUCACCGCAGAGGUCACGUCUCCGUCUGGCUCUCGCCAACCAGCUGAGCUCGUGGCCGUGGGGAACGACACUUACUGUGUGCGGUUUGUUCCCACGGAAAUGGGCGUGCAUGCUGUGAGUGUGAAGUACAGGGGCGUGCACGUGCCGGGGAGCCCCUUCCAAUUCACCGUGGGACCCCUGGGAGAGGGAGGGGCCCAGAAGGUGAAGGCGGGGGGCCCCGGGCUGGAGAGGGCGGAGGUCGGAGAGCCAGCGGAGUUCAGUAUCUGGACUCGGGAGGCUGGGGCUGGGGGUCUGUCCAUUGCGGUGGAGGGUCCCAGUCGAGCAGAAAUUUCCUUUGACGACAGAAAAGACGGAUCAUGUGGAGUGGCCUACAUCGCACAGGAGCCUGGAGACUAUGAGAUCUCAGUGAAGUUUAACGAGCAGCACAUCCCGGACAGCCCCUUCCUGGUCCCGGUGGUUGCCCCGGUGACGGACGCGCGACGGCUCACUGUUAGCGGCCUUCAGGAGUCUGGUUUGAAGGUGAACCAUCCGGCCUCGUUUGCUGUGCGUCUGAACGGAGCCCAGGGGAAGGUGGAGGCUCAGGUCCACAGUCCGUCUGGAGCCCUGGACGAGUGCGUGGUCACAGAGCUCGAGAAAGAUAAGUACGUGAUUCGGUUCAUUCCUCGAGAGAACGGCGUGCACUCGAUUGACGUGAAGUUUAACGGCGCUCACAUCCCAGGAAGUCCUUUCAAGGUCAGGGUGGGCGAGCCUGGACAGACCGGAGAGGCGGGCCUAGUGACGGCCUACGGAGCAGGACUAGAGAGAGGGACCACAGGAGUACAGUCUGAGUUCACCAUAAACAACAGCAGAGCCAGUCCCGGAGCCCUGAGCGUGAGCAUCGAGGGUCCGUCCAAAGUCAAGCUGGACUGUGUGGAGCUGCCUGAGGGCUACAGAGUGCACUACACGCCCAUGGCCCCUGGGAACUACUGCAUCAGUGUGAAAUACGGAGGGCCCAACCACAUCCAGGGCAGCCCCUUCACCGCCAGAGUCAACGGUCCUCGUCUGGUGAAUGUGACAAACGCCAGUGAGACUUCUACACUGACGCUGGACCCGGCUGUGCGCUCCUCCAGUGUCAGCCCUGCCCACAGCGUCCCCUCCUGGACCAGCGAGGCCGACGCCAGUAAAGUCCUGAGCCGAGGGCCAGGUCUGAGUAAGGCUUUUGUGGGACAGAGGAGCAGCUUCAGUGUGGACUGCAGCAAAGCAGGAAAGAGCAUGCUGCUGGUGGGUGUGCACGGCCCCCAUGUCCCCUGUGAGGAGGUGGUGGUCAAACACAUGGGGCGACUGCAGUACAACGUGAGCUACAUCCUGAAGGAGAGAGGAGAAUAUGCCCUGGUGGUCAAAUGGGGCGACCAGCACGUGCCCGGGUCACCCUUCCACGUCGUCGUACCCUGAACACGCCUAAAUGCCUCCAAAAUGCCUCCAAAAUGCCCCAAAAAUGCCCUAAAAGCCUUGCCUGAGCAGCCAGUAGCUUCUAGAUUCUGUUCCGUACUGGACCAUGGAGUGACAGUGAUAAACUUAACUUGUGUCAGUCCAAUCACAGCCAUUAAUUUGUAUCAGGUCUCUCCUCUGCAAAAUUCUUGUAUUAUUCAGAACAAAAUAUUUCACUUUUUUGCCUUGGGUAAAUGAGGGUUUGGUGCUUCGAUUGUUGAUUCAGCAGAUUUCCACGCUGUUUCUCAGUCCUUUAUGGGGUUUUUUUUGUUUGUUUUUUUCUCUUAAACCGCCAUAUUAGUUUAUUACCGAAACAGAGCCUGCAUCUCUCUGAUUCUCUCUGACCACUGAGACAAGAUGCGGUUCCAAAUCCAUUCGUCUUUGUAACGUUUUGUAAAGUUUUGCCAGCUGCCCCAAAUGCCCUGCCCCAAACCCUGUUCCAAAUGCCACAAUCACAACGAAACACUAUUUAUUUUUGACAUUAGAAUGGAUACUUUAAUGGGCAAUGUCUACAUCAGUGCAUUUUAAAACUUCUCUUCAAAAACAUCUCCAAUUCAAACACAACUGGAACAUACUACAUUUCUAUGAAUACGUCCAACUUGUAGUCUGCUGCAUCUUUAAAAAUCUGGCAAUGUCUACCGCUAAUGUAUUUUAGGAUUUAUUUCAUAGUGUCUGUAUUAUAUAGAUCAAACUAGCCCAUGAUUGCAAGUUAAAGUAAAAAAAAAAACAUCUACCAGCAUCGCCAUUUUAGAAAACAUUAUGCAUUAGUUUUUCUAAGUCUUAAUGGCUUUUCAUUUUUAAGUUUUCUUCUGUUAUCUACUAAAAUUGCGUGUUUUUCAAGGUAUUUGUGAGCAAUAAAACCACUGCGACUGAAUAAAUGUAAGGUAGAAGUGUUCACUGUGGAACAUUCCAGACAUCUCCAUAGAAACAAGCAGGUGAAAAGUUACACAAUGCACCUUUUAAAUGAUGCUGAAAAUCUACAAUCCUCCACAUUUUCUCUUGACUUGGUGUAUUCACUUUUAACUAGCACUCCAGUUUAUAAACCUUAACUUUUCAGCAAUAAAAUAACUCUCAGUGCCAUGAAAAAAAAUAAAAAAUAAAAUUAAUUCCUUAAGUGAAUGUAGACUCUUUCAUUUUUUAUUUUUUUUUUAAAUCUUGUGUAAAUAAUUUUGAAAUGUCAAAACUAUCACAAUGUGCUGGAAAGUUGUGGGAGUUUUGUCCAUAACUAUAUUUUUUUUAUACUUUAUGUAAGACUAAAAGUGAAAAUAAUUUGAAAUCUGUAACUGGAAACUGGGUCCACAAAAUGAAACUACAAAACCACAGCACACAUCAAUUUAUUCUGAAUUUGUGAUCAUUUUUGCACAAUUCAGAGCUCAGAUUUGGUGCCAUAUUUCUAAAGGUGACUGUAUUUUAAUCUCGUGGACUCUGCUCGCUGUCAAACAAGAAAAAAAUCAUCUCAUUUCUGAUUGAUAUUUUUGUUGAAUAUUUUGAAUUCUCGCUGUAGCUUUUUCUACUACUGAUAGAAUAAUUUCUGUUUAGUGCCUUUGAAACGACUAGAAGCUGCUUUUCCGAUGGUCCUCUGCACUAUUUUGUGUUUUGUUGAUGUAUUUUUCAUGAUGAUGUCUGAGAAUGUGCAGUUGAGGUUUGGGCCAAGAAUAAAAAUUACAAAAAUUGUCAAUAGGUUUAAGUGAUAAUGAUAUUUGCAUGAUUUUAACCGUCCUGAUCUGUGUCGGUGUCGUAGCUGUUGGGCAAAAUCGUAUCAAGGUUUGUGAAUGAAUUGUGUUUGCAAACUCAACUUUUGGAAUAAUAAUAUCGACAAAGAUGUGUAUUCAAAGUAAUGAUUUAAAAUAAUGUCUCUUUGUAAAAACGUGGCCUAAAUCAGCCUUCAUUUAGAUUUUUUCCACCAUGAAAAGAAAUUGCACAAAUGUUCUGUUGUAUUGUCUUUUCCUUUGAGAUGUGUUUUUGUGCUGGAGUGUGUGUCCAUGUUUGUGUGAUCUGUAUCAGGCUGUUGAGUCAGUGCUGCUCUGAAAAAGGGAUUUUAAGUGACAAGAAACACUAACUGGAUGUACAUUUGAUAAAUAAACAAAUAAAACCGUA